AUGCUAGAUGUCCAAAACUAUCAAACCUCGGCGGCUGUUCAACAAAAUGUCGACCCAGAAACCGCCCUGCGUCAGUCUCAGAUGCUCGAGUCUGCAAGGAGCCACUCCCGUCUCCUUGUUACCAGCAUCAACGAGAUUGAGCUUCUCGUAAAGAGACUGGAAGCAAAGUCUAGACCCGUCGCAUCAUCUGGACUUCCAACUUUUAUUCGAACCCUGCAGCGCGAAAAUGAGACUCUCAGCGGCCUUGUGAAUGAGUUGUCAAGUACAAGUCUUGACGCUCAGAAGCUCACGCUCCUAGAUCGGAAACUCGAUGCUAGUGUCAACGUGGUCAGCCGCAGCGUUGCACAAUGGGAUCGACUCAAGCGAUGUGGUGGCUUCGUCGCUGUCAACCAGACCUUUCAGGGCUCAUCCAAGGACGGACGAAAACGCGAAGUUGCAAAGCUUGACAUUGCAGGUCAAGAAAAGCAAAAGAUGCACCGUCUAUUGAAAGAGCAAGGCCGCGUUGAAGUGGACGUUGUCGAGGGCGGGCGUGAGUGGCUCGCUGUCAAGGCUAUCUCCCCUGACCGUCUUGCCCGCCAAAUGACUGACUGCGGUUGGGGAUGGGGCGACCACGAACUCGGUGACAAGGUCGACAACGAUGAGUGGGAGGAUACUCCUCUUGCAAAGUUCGUGCGGCGGUUAGUUGCAGCUGCAAGGAUGAACCGCCACGAAUAUCAGUUUCCCCGGAUACGACUGGUUCUCUCCAACCUAAGUCGUGGGGAGGAAGAAUUAGACAUCUUCCUCUAUCAACUGGAACACAUGGAUCCCUUAGUUGAGGUUAUCAUCGAAGAUCAGGACAGUACCUUCAUUACAGCUCCUCCUCCUCCCUUGGAUGAAGCUCUGGAGAAGCUGGUGGGCGAUGAAUUAGCGUCUAUAACGUCGACGGUAAACCUUGAUCACACCAUCUUGAUUGACCUCAUCUCGGACUUGACGCAUACGGACCUUCAGCCCCAGCCAUGGCAGUCACGGACAACGCGGGCACAGAUAGAGGAGGAAAAUAGCCACGAGGGUGGACUCAUGGCUCGCACUCUGUAUCCAGUGUUGGCAGGACGCAAGCUCGUCUGCACUUGGGAGGCUGCGAUUCACUUCCAUGACGUGCUGGAGACUGUCGGGACCGCGACUGAGCGGGAGCGUGGGAGGUUACUAGUCCCAUGGGACGACGACAUACGGAACAUGUCUUCAGACAUGAUUCGCCAGCGCUUCCAGCAGCUCUCCAUCCAUACCUUACCUGCCGAUGUGCAGGUCCCCGUCACUAUCUUGCAAGAGUCCUGGAAAAUGGAUGCAGUCACAGAUGCCGUCUCCAACGGAACGCUGCCCCGCGUCGCUCAGGAUGUAGCACGCAGCAGUGGCUUUAAGAGCUCCAAGCUGUCCAUCUUUAUGUACGGGUGGGCAGCAGGCGUGACUACCAUCACUAGCAACAAGGAAGUACGGGGCCAGAUCCGGACAUGGAUAGAGACGCAUCGCACGGAUGAUGAGGAGAUUGGGCCUCAGAUUUGGAGGGUAGAUGUUACACGGAAUCUCUUGGCAAAGGCUGCAAAGCCGAGGGAGGGGUGGCAAGAGAAGGAUGGAGCUGAGGUUGAUGAAAGGGAUGAUGAAUGA